AUGCCUAGGCCCAUCCGCAUUCCCACUGACAGUGAUGAAGAAGCAAUGGAAAACCCAUCACCCGUCCCCAACGACGCCGACACUGAAGCAGCCGAUGAAGCAAGAAACACCGUCAGUCCAGCAACUCAGACCUAUCGUCGUCGGACUAGGGCGUCGUUGAUUGCACCACCACCUUCCUCACCGUCAGUCGCGACAGACACCCAGGAAGGGGAGAUGCCUGAAGAAGACACUCCUUCCACCAGUCAUGGCCAGAAAUGGCCAAGAACACCAUCACCACCACCAUCACCAAGCCCGGAGCAACAACAAGGGACACCCAGUGCCACACCUCCCGUAAGCCAAGAAGAAGGCGAGUUGCCCAGCGAUUUGCCCAAACCAACCCACCCUGAUCACAUCACUCAGACCCUGACGUUCAACAAGGCGUCCGAAAGGGCCAGGCUAGACAGAGUUUCAUCUACACCCUACCACCCAGAAUUCAAUCCCAGCACUGCUUAUCUGGAAUUAUGUGAUAACCCCCCUGAUUCUUACUCGCCCACCAAGUCCAAGGACCUGUACCUCAAAAAUCCAAGCUUGAAAUACAUUCACAGGUUUCUAGCCUACACAUUUUCUGGAAGGAAGGAUGCACCCAACAUCCUGAUCAGAAUGGAGCUGUACAUACUGUGGAGCAUGCACCACCACCAGAAACUACACUUUGGUUAUUGGGUUGCAACCCAAAUAUGCAGCAUUAUCUAG